GAGAAAUAAAAUCGACAUUUGACAGAAAUAUAGGAGACUUAUAAUGUUUGUAUUUUUGGAUUUUGGGCACUGAAUUUGAAUAGUUACACUUAGGGUGUUGAAUUGGUACAAACUUGUAUUAAAAUAGAAAUUCACAAAUUUGCGCCCCUAACUGAUGAAAUGAACAUUAUGUGAAUCUGAAAGUAUAACUAUGCUUAUUGUAAUAAUGGUCAUGGUUUAUUGAAUUAACUUUCCAAUAUUAAAAUGGAAUCCGAGAGAAUUUUGGUGGCUGCUGGGUUAACUGCAGCAGCAGUAGUUGGAGCUUUCAUAUUUUGGGGGCCGUCCCCUUCAUCUGGGGGCGGAAGAGGAAGAUUGGCCGGUCUGGUAAAUUUGGGAAAAACUUGUUUUUUGAAUGCUAUUCUUCACGCUCUCGCAGCUUGCCCAAAUUUCAUUACUUGGCUCGAAAAAGAUAAAUACAUAAAAGAAACCAGCUUACGGGGGACACUCGCCACAGUAUUAUCAGUGGUAAAUGGUACAAAUAAAUCGGUUCAAGAGACUUUUGCUCCUGCGGCAGUUAUAAAUGCCCUCAAGAGAUUGGGUUGGGUUAUACCUGCAGGGGAACAAGAUGCGCAUGAGCUGUUGAAUGUCAUUUUGACUACUUUGGAUGAGGAGACUCAAAAAAUUGGGAGAAAAGCUGGUUGUUUGUCAGACGCUUUGGGAAUGAAUGAAUUAGAACUCGAACCAGAAGAAGAGGAUCAAGGGGAAUUCAACUCUCUAGGCAGUGUGAUGUCUUUGAAUGAACUUUGCAGGCCAACGAGUCUCUCUUGGCGAGGGGGAGCAAUAAGGAGAAACAGGUGGAUUUCUAGGUCAUGCAGGGCUCUUCAGAUGACGGGUCCACCGGCGCAGCCAGUAACGCAUCCUUUUACAGGCACUCUCACCAGUCAACUGCGCUGCACUGAAUGCGGCUUCAAGUCUGCUGUUCGUUAUGACAAGUUUGAAAGCUUAUCUCUUGCUCUUCCAAGUGGAGCUGGUGACUUGGGUUGGGGCAGGCACAAACUACAUCAGCUUCUCACCAACUUUGUCACUCCCGAGGUUGUUCAGGACGUUCAGUGCGAAGGCUGUAAUAAAGGCAGGGAUCCAGCUAGACCUCCUGUCUUGUCCAGGCAAAUCAAAAUUUUAAAUUUUGGAAAGCUGCCAAUGUGUUUGUGCAUCCAUAUAUCUCGAAAUACUUGGCAACCGGGAGGUAUAUCCAAAAGACAGGACUACGUCCAGUUUCCAAUGAGGCUCUCCAUGUCUGCCUACACUUUCAUUCAAGUCCACUAUCAAAGAAAAUUACCAAAUUCAACAUACACCAGCACAAGUGAGGGGGGCAGCCCUUUAUCCAGCAAUACGCCCUCGUAUUGGGCAGGAAAUUCUCUCGGGGACAUGGCCAAUGAAUUUAGAAACGUGUAUCAACUUGCCGCAGUUGUUGUACACGCAGGGGAUGCUCACUCGGGUCAUUUCAUAACUUAUAGGAGAGGUCACCACAACAGCAGAUGGUAUUACACUUCUGACGUGGAAAUAAGAGAGGUAUCGAUAGACGAGGUAUUGCAGAGUACGGCCUACAUGCUUUUCUAUGAAAAAUCUUCCACCAUGGCGGGCUUAUUUUGAAUUCAACUAUCAAAUCUUCUUCAAUGUGUUGCAUUUGUUAUUUAUCGAUAAGCUUAGAUAUAUGUAAAAAUUCUCAUUUUAGUACAUUAAGAAACAGUGAUGAAUUGUUAGGUAAAAAGAUGGACACAAAAAAAUAAAUUGGCUGGAAAAUGGAGUUCGUACAACACAGUCUGUGUUGAAAUGGCUAGACUCGAGGGCUGGUUACGGCGAAAGAGGAGACCUGUGGUAGACUGUGACUUCCCCUUUACACGACAGUGGCGCAGACAAUUCAAUCAUUUGGGUGAUUAUGAAAACAAAAAUAUGUGAUGUUUCAUAUAUUCAUGGAGUCUUCCGAGAUAGAUUUGAUAUUUUACAUCCAUGGAUGAAACCAUUCAGAAAUUCGAACGGGAAGAAACAUCGACAAAAUGGUUAAGGCUUUCGCGGCUGAGGUUUUCAGUGUCACUUUUUUCCGGGUUUGAAGGCCUUGAACUUUUGGAAUUUCUUCCUGACAUCGGAGAUAAUAUCUCCGGAGAUGAUAUCUCCGAUGACAUCGGAAAUAUUAACUCAGGAUAUAUAAACCUCUGAGGAAGCUAGCCACUCCAGCGAAACGUCAGGAAGAAAUUCUAAAAUUCCACGGCCGUCAAACCCGGAAAAUAGUGACAUUGGGAAGAAACAUUCUAAUUAAAUUCAAAGCAUUUUUUUCACUGGAUCUGGUAAUCUAGUUCCAAUUACAUGAAAUUUCAAAUCGGAAGGAAUGAUGAAAGGUUCGGAAGCUCCAAUAUUCCUGAAUAUCCUUCAAGAAAUUAUAUGGUUUCUUUAUACAAAAAGCAAACUUUUAAAGGUAUCUUGGAAUCUCAAAAUAUUUCUCUGGGAGUCAAGAAGGCAAACAGAUCAACUUUAUGCUUACAAUAUGCUGAAACCAAGGGAAUAAUGAACUGGUUGAUACACAGGUUUAAUUAUAUGCCAAUAUAUUUUUUGAUUAGGUAUAUUUUUCUUGAAUGUUCUGUGAUAUGUUAUUGACCUUCAAUAAAUUAAUGCCAUUGUUCAAUAA